AUGGGCAAGCAAACCCCUGUUAACAAGCAUAUCGAGAUCAUCAUCGUCGGUGCUGGUCCAUCGGGACUGCUCCUAGGCAUUCUUCUCGCUAAGCAAGGAGUCAAAGUUCAGAUCCUCGAGGCAGCCGGUGAGCUGGACAAGAAUCCUCGAGCUGCUCACUAUGCCCCUUCAGCAGUCUACGAACUGAAUCGCGCCGGAGUUCUCGAGGACGUCAAGGCACAAGGAAUCCAUCCUGAUGCUGUCUGCUGGCGCCACCCCGAUGGGACCUUCAUCGCGGGCAUUCGAAGCCGGUUUGACAUUGACUUUCCCAUGGUUUGCCUGCCUCUAGAUCAACUCGACAUCAUCCUUCUCCAGCAUUUCCUGGCCCAACCGGGGACCGAGGUUUUGUGGAACCACAAAGUCGUCUCGAUCGACCAGGAUGAGAACGAGGCACGAGUUCACGUCGAGACUGCGGAGGGAAACAAGACCUUUGGCGCCGACUACAUCGUCGGUUGUGAUGGGGCGAAUAGCCAGAUCAGGCGAUCGCUUUUUGGUGACUUGAAUUAUCCCGGGGAAACGUUACAAAAGCAGAUCAUAGCCACCAAUGUAUAUUACGACUUCCAUAAAUUCGGGUACUGGGACUCGAAUUUCAUCAUCGAUGAAAACGACUGGUAUAUGGCAGCCCGGAUCACUCAAGAUGGGCUGUGGAGAGUGACUUAUGGCGACGUAUGGGGGCUGUCGAACGAGGAAUAUUUGGCUAGACAGCCCGAGCGUUACGAGAAAAUCCUGCCUGGGAAUCCGAAACCGGGAGAUUAUAAGCUCGUCAGCGCGAGUCCGUACAAGCUACAUCAGCGAUGUGCGGAUUCGUUCAGAGUUGGAAGAUUUUUGCUCGUCGCCGACGCAGCUCAUUUGUGUAACCCAUUCGGUGGUCUUGGAUUGACUGGAGGAAUCGCCGACGUAGGAACCUUGUUUGAUGCUUUCAUGGCGCUGAAGGAGGGAAAGGCAGACGAUAGCAUUCUGGACAAGUAUAGCGAGGUUCGCCGCAAGAAGUGGGCGGAAAUUAUUGACCCUAUGUCUCGAGCGAAUUUCCGACGCGUCUGUCUCGAUGAAGCCGAGUCAGAGAGAAAGGAGUUCUGGGAUCUUUGCAAGAAGGUGGAAGAGGAUGAGGAACUGGCCCGACAGAUGGCACAGGGAACGAAUGUUUUGCGGGAGGAUUUUCGAGAAUAUUUGACAGCUGGUGCGGCGUAG